AUGGCUAUGAAACGUGCAGCCGAUUGGCAGAAGCUUCCCGUUACACUAGCAGAGCUUUGCAUAGACACAACUUUGCGAUGUGGCCAGUCAUUCAGGUGGCGCAAAAUCAAUGAUGAAUGGUAUUCUCGGCGCUUAGGUCGAUUCGAGGUUGUUCUGACCUGUGCGCUUCACGGCCGUAUCCUAUCUCUGAAGCAAGAUUCCCAGCAUCUUCAUUACCAAACAACUUGGCCAAGCUUCCGAAGUGAGCUCGCUGCGCGUUCUGUUUCUAUAGCAGAGGAUGACACAGAAGAUCUUCUCCGGCAUUACUUCAGUCUGCGCCUUAAUCUCGCCGAACUAUACCAACAGUGGUCAAGGGCAGACCCCAACUUCGCCAAGAAAGCCCCUGAAUUUGCUGGUGUCCGUAUCUUAAGUCAGGAUGCUUGGGAGGCCUUGGUUCACAAAUUGUGCAUACAUUAUGGGCCGCUGUUAGGACAUGUCGGUGAUGACCCUAUUCACGACUUUCCAACCCCUGAAUCUCUCUCUGGGCCUAAUGUUGAGAGUCAUUUGCGAGAGCUUGGGUUCGGAUACCGCGCAAAGUAUAUCGCCCAGACUGCUCGUGUCAUUGCUAAAGAGAAACCCGCGGGCUGGCUUGAAACACUACGAAACCCAGAAUCUGUCAUGAAAACGUCUGUCAAGGCUGCAGCUGGUAAAUCUCCCACCUAUAAAGCAGCCCACGAAGAACUUCUUGCGUUGACAGGUGUCGGACCCAAAGUAGCAGACUGUGUCUGCCUCAUGGGGCUCGGCUGGGGCGAAUCCGUCCCCGUCGACACACAUGUUUGGCAGAUUGCACAACGUGACUACAAGAUGGGCAAAACUAAAACAAAGACCUUUAACAAAGCCAUGUACGAUGCGGUUGGUGACCAUUUUAGGGGCAUAUGGGGAAGUUACGCUGGUUGGGCUCAUUCAGUGUUAUUUACUGCUGAUUUGAAGUCUUUUGCUGAUCGGCCACCAAAGCUAGAAACAGUUUUAAACGGUCAAGUAUCACCUGAAGAGGAAAAGCCUGGUAAAACUACCAAGAAACGAGUUAGAACGGAAAAGGUGGUUGACGUGAAGUCAGAGCAGGCAGACGCCUAUAUGUUAGACAUGGAAUUACCCGCUAAGAGAAGACGGACGCGGCGUCGGCCGUAA